CGUAUUGCUUUUAAAAUCAGUGGACCAUCAUAUCCCCAAAGAUAUCAAUUGCUAUCAAACUCCUUUAUAAUGUCUUGGCUGUUGAAUUUGGUGCUAUCUAAUAGUCAAUACUCAGAAUUUUACUCUCAUCCAAAUCAAACUAUUACUUCAAGUUGUGGUCAUAGAGUGAAAGCAUCAGCGGAUAAUGUGGCUCAACUCAGGCAGUCCGGGACGAUACCUAACAAAGUUGGGAUGAGAAGGUUAAAGAAAAAGAGAAGGCAGGGGAGAUCAGGAUUGUAGAGCUUUGCCCAUGAACUCUACUGACACGAGCAGCGGUUGGAAGAUAAUCUUAUUUAUUUUCAGCAUGGGCCUCAUUACAUGCUUCCCACGGUCACAUGACCCAGUGAAGUGGUAAGAGAGAGAGUGUUAACGAAACAAGAGACAAAAACGAAGGAACAGCCAUCUUAGCUCCAGAUAGCCAUGGCUUCCGUUGCCAUUUCUGCAUCACUGCACAGAGCUUGUAGCUUGAAUCAUGUCCCAAGGAGACAGCAACUCCGGCACUCAGUGGGGAUGAAGCAAGCAACCAAUGUGGUUACCGUGGAUGGGGAGGGUCCGGCGAAAGGGCUCAUGCUCAAUGUUACUGAACAUAAGGAUAAUGCAGCUUCAGGAGAAGAUAGAUUCAGGGACGAGCGAUGGACGAACGGUUCCUGGGAUCUGAACAUGUUUGUCAAGGACGGAAAGAUGGACUGGGAUGGAGUCAUUGUUGCCGGUGAGAGAUAAUUGAAUCCACCUUACUUUUACCUUGGGUCAGAAUGCUAAUUAACAAAGUGAUGAGCUCCUCAAGAUUGGGCUUACUCGUUAGAAAAGCAGUUAUUGUUAAGCUGUUGGUGAAUUUCCUGCAUAAUUGGAUGUUCAUGUUUCACUUCACAGAAGCAAGGAGGAGUUUUCUUGAAGUGUAUCCAGAAGCCGCAACAAAUGAAGAUCCUGUGCUGCUCAGGAGCUCCAUAAUACCAUGGUGGGCAUGGAUACGCCGGUCCCAUCUCCCUGAAGCAGAGCUUUUGAAUGGUCGAGCUGCGAUGCUCGGGUUUUCCAUGGCAUACAUGGUGGACGCCUUGACGGGGAUGGGCGUGGUAGGCCAGACAGGCAAUGUCCUGUGCAAGGCAGGAGUGUUCGCGACUGUGGUUGCAGUGCUGUUCUUCAGGCGAAACCAAGACAUCGAAACGUUUAGGAAGCUCGUGGAUGAGGCCACUUUCUACGACAAGCAAUGGCAAGCUUCAUGGCAAGAUGAAGCUGGAAGUGCAAGUGCUUCAGAUUCUUCAGCAGAGAAGAUGUGAUUGCAGUGUUGGCUGAUGUUUGGACUAAUGUUCCAGACCUCUUUGGUUUUGUAACUGAAACAAAUCUUUAAGCCAAGCCAUCUCUUGAAGAAUUAUGCCCCGGUCACUCCCUAUGCAGAGUACACAAAUAAGUGCAAUCAAAAUGAAACAGACACUGAUGGUUCAUACUGAUUUCAUUGUUCCAGCUUUCACCCACUAUUUGAAUGACGAUUCUCCUUUUAAUUU